CACACACCAAGUUGCUAUAGACUUACACCUUUAAGAAAAUGGCAAGGAAGUUGCUGAAGGUUCCAUCCCUUAAGAGAAUGAUCUCUUCACCGAGAGCGGAUAAACUCACUGAUUUCAAUGAAUGCAGUACAUCAUCUGUUGCGGAGAAGGGCCAUUUCUUUGUUUAUACAUCAGAGGGAAAGCGAUUCAUGGUUCCCUUGGCAUAUGUCACCAAUAAUUUCUUCAAGGAGCUCUGGAAUAUAUCUGAAGAAGAAUUUGGGUUGCCGGGCGAUGGGCACAUCAUAUUGCCGUGUGAUGAGGCAUCAAUGGAGUAUGUGCUCUCCAUGCUGAGAAGAGGAGUAUCUGAAGAGGUGGAGAGGGCAUUGCUUAGCUGCAUAUUUAUCUCUUGCCAAUACACAUGCUCUGCUUUUGCUGUAGAAACUACUCAACAACUUGCAGUUUGUUACUGCUGAUGGAUUCAUUCUUCAAAUUCUUUUUGUGAUCUGACAAAA